CGAGCGACGACGGCGAUCCGUUACAGCUGUGAGCUGUGCGCGGAGCUCGCGCACAUCUCCGAGAAGGACCUCAACGAUGUCCAUCGAUCGUUCGUUAUGGCCGCCCGAGGUAUUGCACGACGGAUUGCUGCAUGGGAGAAAGAACGCUCGUCGGAGACACAUCAACAUGUCCAUUCGGUGACGUCGUCUGGAGGACCUGUUAUCCCGAAGAACACGACCGGCGCGCUAUGGAAAUUGCUGCUAUCAACGCUGAUCGUAACAACUGGUCUUGGGACAAGGAUGCAGGUAGAGGCUGCAAGAAAGCUGCUGUCCUAUGGCAAGCCUUCGCGACCAAGUGGCGGGAGACUCAUAUGGGCGACACCCCGACCCUUGAUCUAAGCGAUAUCGGGGCGAUAUCAACUCUCCCGAUCCUCACCAACACCGUGCUCAUCCGUGACUGCUACCGGGAGGCCGAGAAGGUGGUUUGGCGUCGUGCGGCGGGAUUUGGUUUUGGUGGGGGAGUGAUUUUCACCGGUCAACCUGGCAUCGGCAAGACCGCUUUCCUGUGGUACCUCCUUGUCCGCCUCCUGCAGCAGGGGCAGGUCAUCCUUUUCCAUCUACCAUGUCCUUCAUGCUUGCUGUUCUAUUUCGAUCGCGUCUACCGGCUCAACCAGGAUGAUGCAAUACUUCCCCGGAUGCGAUAGCUUUCAAAGUCCCGUUUUUCUGCGCAUCGUGACUGGUGUUUUACCAGAUUAGGGCUGCAGCCUAGGUUCGGUACGGUUCAAGAACAAUUACAGCAGUACCUGGCGCCGUGGCCCAGCAACCCUCCGGAACCGUUAGGAUGGAACACUGCCGUGCUGGGGCACCUCAGAUCAGUCUAUAAAGAAGGUUCUCCCGAAUCUGUUAACGAAGUCAUCGACGCCGUUCUGGACAAAGUGAUCGCGAAUUUUGGUCACAUUCCUCGGGACGUUUUCCAAGCGGUCCUCAUCGACUUCGAGGGUGUUCAAGCGCAUCAUAUGGAGGCUGUUAACUAUACAUGUGAAGAGAUCAUCGAGAUGCUCACCGCGGUCACAGGCCUCUAUGACGUUUCGAUGUCGGACCAUCGCUCUGACGGCGUGGUCGUCGUCUCCCCCUGUACGCAAGUUGGGACUUCGGUCAGAUGGGCCGCUGAAUUCAAGUCUCCUUGGAUCGCA